UGUAAACAGCUACAUUACUAAAAUACUACUUUAAUUGUUCUCACCGUCAAAUUCUGCUGAAGCAGUCAGAUAUAGUACGCAGAGCGGGAGGUACCAUCUCAGCGCACUGUUGAAAACUGUCAUGUCUGAAGCAAAACCUUUAGACUGUCAGUAAAACUCCGCAAACAGGCUGCAGAAAUGCGCCUUAUCGAAUGGAGUUCCAGCAGACUGAGCGGUGGAGGCCGGGUGGAUCACCUUUAUCCUAGAUGUGUUAAUGUGUCAACAGUUGGUUGCUGUGCCUCUCAUGAUAACUUUGCCCUUUGGCACGCUACAUGCCUUGCACGUGUAAUGAACUCUGUUGACUGAACCAAAGGAACCAGGGGAACAAGUCGAGGCGCAGGCUUUUCUCUCGCGAGGAAGGACGCCGUUAUCGGAAUCCUUACAAACAACACGAGAAUUCAUCAUUCACACGGUCUGAAUGAUGUCAGAGCAAGACUUGGCAGAGAUAGUCCAGAUAGCGGUGGAGGAUCUAGGGCAGAGUGACCAGACCGACAUGUCAUGUCAUGUCAUGGACAGUCGUGAGGAUGGCGAUGACAAACCCUUGAGGAAGCGCCGGAAGAUGGAGACCAGCUGUCAAGAUGCAUCAAUCAAGGCCAUGUUGUGCUCCUUCAGCCAGACGAUCUGCCAGCGUCUAGACAGCAUGGAAACCAAGCUGCAAGCUGUGCACGCCAGCUGCAAGGCCCUGGAGAGGAAGCUGGACGCUGUCACCAGCAGCAAGAACCAAGGGCCCAUCCAGGUGCCCAUGGUGGCUGGAUCCCCGCUGGGGGCCACCCAAACCUGGAACAAAGUGCGCUGUGUGGUCCCUCAGACUAACGUGAUCGUGAGCAGCGACCGGCAGAAAGGGGCGGGUCAGGAGGAUACGCGGGGGGUGGAGUCUCUCGAGAAUCUCCUCAGCAACGCGGUGGGCGGGAGGAGACAGAACACCAUCCUGGUGAAGGUUCCAGCACCGGAGGACAGCCAGGAGGAGCAGGAGAGCGGCUCUGAGGCCAGCGACUCCGUGUCCAACAACGGGCAGGCCAACAGCGCCCAGAGCACCCAGAACGUCACCCUCAUCACGCUCAACUCAGAGGAGGACUACCCAGGGGGCACCUGGCUGGGCGACGACAACAACCCCGAGAUGCGCGUCCGCUGUCCCGUGUCCUCGGCCGACAUGCUGCACAUCAGCACCAACUGCCGCUCGGCGGAGAAGAUGGCGCUGACCCUGCUGGACUACCUGUUCCACCGCGAGGUCCAGGCCAUGUCCAACCUGUCGGGACAGGGCAAGCACGGCAAGAAACAGCUGGACCCGCUCAUGAUCUACGGCAUCCGCUGUCACCUGUUCUACAAGUUCGGCAUCACCGAGUCGGACUGGUACCGGAUCAAGCAGAGCAUCGACUCCAAGUGCCGCACGGCGUGGAGACGCAAGCAGAGGGGCCAGAGUCUGGCGGAGAGCUUCUCCAAACGCAACAGUGGACAGGGAGGCUCAGAGGGGGGCGCUGUAGGGGAGACAGCCCACCUGGAGAGCGCCACCCAGCAGACGCUGCACUACACCCUGGCCAAUCCACAGAUCCAGCAGGUCCAGAUCCACCGCAUCGGGGAAGACGGACAGGUCCAGGUGUGAAUUCCUCAGGGUCAUCUCCACAUUGCCCAGGUGCCACAGGGGGAGGAGGUGCAGAUCACUCAGGACAGUGAGGUAACCACAUGUGUGUAUGGGUGUGGUGAAGGGGGGGGGGUUCUGCGAGGCGCCCAGCUCAUCGCCGUGGCGUCCAGUGAUGGUGGCGGCGCGGCCGUAGAGGGCUCCGCCCUGCAGGCCAGCGACAUCCAGGUGCAGUACGUCCAACUGGCGCCCGUCAGUGACCACAACAACACCGUGCAGGCGGGGGAGCUGGCUCCAGCCCUCCAGGGGGAGAUGGAGGUGAAGGAGAGCAUCCAGCUUCCCACGGGGGAGAACGGGGAGGUGGUGCAGAUCGUCAGCUGAGAGGCCAAGACCCUGCCGUCCAGCCCGGACACAGGACCCAGGACACGGGGGAGGACAGGAAGGGGAGAAGGGAGGGCCUGUGGGAGGAUUAUCCAGUCAGACACACAAUCGAAGGCGGUCAACGAUGGAAAAAGGAACACGUUUCCGCACUAAUGUAAUUAAACAAAUGUGCUUGAACAUGCAGAGGACAGUAUCGUAGAGACUAGACCCAGCUCCGCCCGGCUGCCACGCCGCCUGUUUGGGGCCGGGCUGCAUGGUUCUAAUGGGCCUGACUCCUGUUGCCGGGCCAGGCCAGAGUGGUGGUGCCCGGCCCAGCUGGGUUCAGACCCCAGGAUCAGAGGCCCCACCCUGGGAGGAUGCUGUUCAGUUGGACCCACCACACCCUGAGCCCGGGCACCAUCCAGGGGGGAGCUCAGUGCCGGAGACCCCUGGCCAAGAACAACCCCAAACACCCUUUACGGAUAUGUUUAUUCCUGGAAGCCCACAACUCCAUCAAACAACCUGACAACGUUGUACAUUGUUGCUCUUCUGUGCUACUUUCUAGAAGUCUUGUGGUUGCAGUCUGCACGAUGGUGGAGGUAGCUUAAGACAGUUGUUCUUAGUUUCAAUUGACUGUCUCUUGUCCCUGUUUCUCUUUCUCCGUCUCUCUCUCUCUUAUUUGUCACAAUUUUGUCAUGUCAUGGGCCCAUCCCAGCGUGUUCAUCUCCAAGUUUUUGCCUAUUGGUUAACCCCACAUCGUUUUGGUUUCUUUAUUCAGUGUAGUCCUUCCCAAUUAUAACAUGCUGAGAUAUUUGUGGAACUUUUUCGUUGGAGGUAGCACAAACACCCAGUUGACUAGAUGUUAAUACAAGUUAUAUGUCAAAAAAGUUUCGGUUUGUUUUUGUUUCUGCUGUGCUUCUGUGAAAGACACGUUCAUGCGAAUAAACUAUUUUGUGGUCGCUAUAAAAAUAGUGUUUUUGUUCAUCAGUCUGUAUUUGCGUGUUCUGUUAACAUGAACCUUGUAACCUUGACGGCCUACUUCAAAGGUCGGUCAACAACGUUAAUGACGGUUACUUCUGACAAACCAGAAACAGGUUGUGAUGAAGAUGCUGAGAGGGGGAUGUGAAACAAGACUGUUGGACCCCAGAUUCACUACUCUGAAUGGUCAAAUGGUGUUAUGAAAUGUUUAGAACAAGCUCCUUCCAGAGUUACCAGGAUUGCUGCUACUGUGAUUUAGUACAGCUGAUGGACUCGAUUAGCAGAGAGAAAUCCAAAUGAAUGAUGCAUGAUUACAUAUAUCACAUUACAUGUGUGUUUAUGUCUGGUUAUGUGCAUGUGUGUUUGCACAUACGUGUGUGUGUGUGUGUGUGUGUGUGCCUGUCUGCAUGUGUGUGUACCCCAGUCACGGAGAAGUGAUGCUGGUCUAGUGAUGAAU